AUGCCUCCUAAAUUCGAUCCCUCCGAGGUCAAGGUCAUCCACCUGCGGGCCACUGGUGGUGAAGUCGGUGCCUCUUCCGCGCUCGCCCCCAAGAUCGGUCCUCUCGGUCUCUCGCCCAAGAAGGUCGGUGAAGAUAUCGCCAAGGCCACUGGGGACUGGAAGGGACUCCGUGUCACGGUCAAGUUGACCAUUCAGAACCGUCAAGCCCAGGUCUCGGUCGUUCCCUCCGCCUCAUCGCUCGUCAUCAAGGCCCUGAAGGAGCCCCCGCGUGAUAGGAAGAAGGAGAAGAACAUCAAGCAUACCAAGAGCGUUCCCCUCGACGAGAUCAUCAACAUUGCCCGCACCAUGCGCUUCAAGUCGAUGGCCAAGGACCUGAAGGGUACCGUUAAGGAGAUUCUCGGCACUGCUUUCAGCACCGGCUGCCAGGUCGAUGGCCGCAGCCCUAAGGACAUCUCCGAUGACAUCGAGUCCGGCGAGAUCGAGAUCCCCGAGGAGUAA